CGUGGAGAGGCGGCGGUAGCGAAGGCCGCUGUCAAGAUGGCAGCCGGAGGGAAGAGGCGGCGGGCUCUGCAAGCUUCUCCCCGGCCGCUCUCCGCUUUCCCCGCCGCCCUCGCGGUGCUGCUUCUCCUUGGCUGCGGCCCAGCUUCUUCUGCUGCUGCUCCUGUGUGUCACCACCGCAUCCCCAGCGCCAGGGAGGUUAUCUAUAAAGUUUAUCUUAAGGAAAAUCGUGUUAUAAAGAGAAAUGUGGAUGAACAACUAAGAAUUAAGACAGUAUAUGACAAAAGUAUUGAGGAAUUGCCACCUGGAAAAAAGCACCUUAUAAAGAAUAAGCUUUUCCCGCAAGCUAUUUCCAAUUUAGAGAAGACAUUCCAAGUACGGAAACCUACUGGUACCAUCCUAUUAAGCAGACAGUGUGUAACAAAUGAAUAUUUAAGGAAGAAAGAUGACCCUCACCGAUACUGCCGAAAAGCCUGUGCAGAAUAUACGAAGUGUGGUCCAGUCACAGUUCCUGAGGAACACCUGCAGCAAUGUAGGGUAUGUAAUGAAAUGCUGAAUUGUGGACUUGUUGGUGUAAGAGACCAAGAAGGGGUUCGAGAUGCUGACUUCGUGCUAUAUGUUAGUGCUCUGACUACUGAAAGGUGUGGCCAAGAAAAUAUUAUUGCAUAUGCAGCAUACUGUCAACUGGAAGCUGAUACGGACAGGCCAAUUGCAGGGUAUGCUAAUCUUUGCCCGAAUAUGAUUUCAACCCAACCACAAGAAUUUGUUGGCAUGUUGUCUACAGUGAAACAUGAAAUCAUUCAUGCACUGGGUUUUUCUGCUGGGCUGUUUGCAUUUUAUCGUGAUGAUGAUGGAAAGCCUUUGACUGCCCGAAAUGCAAAUGGAUUGCCACCCUUUAAUGAAAGCCUUGGUGUAUAUCAGUGGAGCAAUAAAGUAGUAAAUAGCGCAGUGCGGUUAUGGGAUGUACGGGGCAAUAAGAAACUGCUUCACAAUGUUUUCCUUCUGAUAACUCCUAAAGUAGUUGAGGAGGCCCGAAAACACUUUGGAUGUCAAUUUCUAGAGGGGAUGGAACUUGAAAAUCAAGGUGGCAUGGGUACAGAGCUCAAUCAUUGGGAAAAGAGAUUGUUGGAGAAUGAAGCUAUGACUGGAUCGCACACUCAGAACAGGGUCUUCUCCCGCAUCACUUUGGCAUUAAUGGAAGACACUGGCUGGUAUAAAGCCAAUUACAACAUGGCAGAAAAACUUGAUUGGGGCCGAGAUAAAGGCUGUGACUUUGUGAUGAAAAGCUGUAAGUUUUGGAUUGAUCACAAGAGGAGAAGGAAAGAAUUGGUGGAUCCAUAUUGUGACACUCUGCGGACUAAUCCAUUGCAGCUAACCUGUAGACAGGACCAAAGAGCAGUGGCAGUGUGCAAUUUACAGAAAUUCCCUCAACAGCUGCCUCAGGAAUAUCAGUAUUUUGACCGUCUCUAUGGAGUACCAUCAGAAGAUUUGCCUUAUUAUGGUGGGUCUGUUGAAAUUGCUGACUUCUGUCCGUUCAGUCAGGAAUUCAGCUGGCACUUAAGUGGUGAAUUUCAACGAAGUUCAGACUGUAGAAUACUCGAAAAUCAACCAGAUCCUUUCAAAAACUAUGGUGCAGAAAAAUAUGGACCAAAUUCUGUGUGUCUCAUUCAGAAGUCGGCUUUUGUUAUGGAACAAUGCAGAAAGAAACUCAGUUACCCUGACUGGGGCAGUGGCUGUUACCAGGUUUCUUGUUCUCCCCAUGGGCUGACAGUUUGGGUCAAGGAUGAGUCAUAUUUGUGCAGUCGCUCAGGUCAAAUCCUAACAGUGAAUAUUCAGAUGAAUGGAUGGGUACAUAUUGGGAACCUAAUUUGCCCAGCGUGUUCAGACUUCUGCGAUUUCUGCCCACCUGAGCAGGAUCCUCCUCCAGUUGCUAAUUUAACAAGAGUUACAUCUAUUGAUUUGUGUUCCUGUUCCCCUAGCCUGGUAGUAACCCUAUGGCUAUUGAUGGCGAACUUGCUUCCGCUACUGGCUGGAUUUCUUCUUUGUGCAUGGAGUUAAACUGGGCUCCCAGGUUAUCCCAUAGACUACGUCUAGAGGACACUCCAUUUGAGUUCUUCUCAAAGGCAGCUAUCCAGAAGAGCAAACACAUCUCCACCUGCCUUGUGGCAAGAAGGCCGGCUGAUCACUGGCCAGAAGAUGCUGGAGAAACAACCUCUAGCCCGAGGAAGGCGAAGUUUACAGCGUCAUCUCAAUAAGUGCCAGUAUUAAAGUUUUGUUUUUACAUUGGUAACAAAUUGUGGGGAACAAAAUCGCCAGUAGUGUUAUGUUGCCACUGGUCUGGAGUACUCUAGUUAGGCAGAAUUCUCUGAGACUGGUAGCAGAAUUUUUGGUAUCCUUAGAGAUAUACCUCAGAGUUUCCUUUAAUUUAAAAGCCAUGAAAAUAAGUCGCCAUCAUUGCUAAUAACUUGAGCCUAGUGUGGCUUUAUGGAUUCUUGCAGAUGGAUCCAAAGAGUUAGCCUUUCAGUACAGCUUUAGGAUGCUUUGUACACUCUGGUGAUUUGAAGAUAUUCUCUGAAGUAUCUGCUGCUCAGAAUAUGGAGGAACUUUUCAAUAGCUGCACAUCAUGCACUUUUGAUAUUCUAAAUAUUUAGGGAAGCUUUUAAUCUUUAAGAAAUUAGUGUAUUUUAAUGUUUUUGUUGGAAGCCGCCCUGAGUGGCUGGGGUAUAAAUUAUUAUUAUUAUUAUAAAUAAUGAAAAUAUUUAAUGUCCCCUUAACUUGUUGAAGACCAACUACUAAACUAUUAUGCUGUAAUUUUGAUGGACUUAAGCCUUCAGUCCUAAGCAUACUUGCUAGGAAGAUUUGCCUCCUAGCAAGCAUGUUUAGGAUUGAACCUUCCUAAGUAAACUUGUUUUGGGUUGGUUACUCGUGUUCCGUUUCUUACAAGGUAAUUUGAAAAAAGGAGUAGCCCUCAUUCAUGAAUGUUCAUUUCAUUGCAUUGGCCUUCUUCAAAUGCUGGUAUACAGCACCAAACUGUGAUACUUACAGAUUCCAUACUGACACCUUUGGGGCCAAAAUGUGGGUUUCUAUUAUCAGGGACCCUAUUCUGGUUCUUGGGUGAAAGAAUUGCUGAGUUCAAUUACGUUGGGUACAUGAAGACUUGUAAACUUUUUUUAAAAAAAAGUAUGCUGCUUGUGCCACUAAGAAAUUGGUAAAAGUCAGUGAGCAACUUGUAGAUGAAGAAUCUGUUCCCGUGAGACUGAAAAACCCUCAGGGAUCAUAGUUCUGAUAACUUUCCUUUCUUGCAACUGGCACAAAUUGCUUUUGUCUUGGGACUGGAGGGGGUCACAUCUGGUCCUGCUGAUCAUUCUGAUCCAUUGAAAGCAAUGCUGCAUUAGGAGAAGCAAAUGUUUACCUAAAUCUUCCAGUCCUCUCAAAGUGUGCAGUGGUAGCAGGCUGAUCAGCAUAGUGAGAUCAGAAACUCGAGUGGAAUCAGGUGAACUCUUCCACUAACAAGAAAUGCAGUCUCUUUGCAGAAAGUACAUUGGGAGUGGCUAACCAGAUGUUGGACCAUAACUCCCAUCCUCUCCAGCUUGGUCAAGGGUCCAAAUACAGCUGGAGGGCUAAAGGUUGGCCACCCCUGCUCUAAUAGUGCCUGCUAGAUUUCUUUUCUUAAAAUAAACCUUAUUUUUACAAAGAGGGUUUGUGUGAAUACAGCUUGUCAGUAAACUGCUUCCUACGUGAAGCAUGAGAAAGCUGACUGAAGCAUUUGAGAGGGGAUUAUUUCCUCCAAUGAUGUGAAUAUGUGUACACUACUAUAAAUAUGCUCCUGCCAACCUAGCAGUUCGAAAGCACAUCAAAGUGCAAGUAGAUAAACAGGUACCGCUCCAGCGGGAAGGUAAACGGCGUUUCCGUGCACUGCUCUGGUUCACCAGUAGCGGCUUAGUCAUGCUGGCCACAUGACCCAGAAGCUGUACGCCAGCUCCCUCGGCCAAUAGAGAUGAGCACCGCAACCCCAGAGUUGUCCGCGACUGGACCUAACGGUCAGGGGUCACUUUACCUUUACUAUAAAUAUACUAUUUAUAUUACACAUGACAUUAGCCUUAAAUAAGCAGGUGGGGCAUGGAAAUAGCAAUAAAAUAUUAGGGUUAAGAAAUGCUUUAAAUAUGUCCAAUUUGAAUAGGAAUGAAAAUUCUCUAAAUAGAUCUAUAGCUCAACUCAUAGGAAAUGGUUCCAUGGAACAUGGAGUAAAGAUUAAUUCUUAUCUGUGCAAUAAUAAUAGAACUUAAAUAGCAUCUAGUAAGGAUGCUUUUAUAUACUUGAACAUUUUUCUCAUUGUCUUGAAGCAAAACAAUUGCACUGUAUUAACUUUUUGGCUAACUUUGUGUAUAGGCAUUUUUACCAAUGUUAAUGAAUUUGUGUCGUAAAAAUAGAACAUUGUCCUGUUUGAGAAAUGUUUUUUUCUUCUGCUAGGCAUUUGUCCAUCUGAGAAUGUAAUGAAAUGGAGAAAUAUCUUAAGGUCCCCUUAAAAGUUGCAAGUUUGUAAAUAUAUUAGCCCAGAACUUAAGAGAGCAUUUGCCUGUGUUACCUUCCAGCACCUUUGCAUGCAGCUAUUAGUUGCUUUUAUGCAUCUUGCGAAAGCAAAAUACAGUUUUAAUAUGAGAUUCUAGUUAUAUCUGAGAACAUGGUAGCAACUUAUAAUCCACAGCCCUAACCGAUGUGACUGGUAUUGAUUACUGUGUUUAAAGAAAUGCUCCUCAGUUAAAAUAUAAGUAGGCUAUUCUCCUCUAUGAGUUAGACAAAUUCUGGUUGAUUAGCAAAGGUCAACACAUCUAAAACACAUUUUACUGUUGCAGAACAAUCUCAUGUGCAGGAAGCAAGUUCUGCUACUACCACUGCUGUCACCAUCGUUGAGAUCAACUGCUUCUGGACAUUUUUCUGAGCAGGAGUCACCAAGUCCUUGGGCACAUUUGCCAACAGAGAAGCUGUUGUGGGCAGCACACUUGCCCUUCCUCCUCCUGAAAUUAGGCUUGGCAAAAAGCAUGUUUGCUGCCCUGCCUCACCCAAGCAUUGUGGCAGGGAGAACAAGCAACCAACCUUCCUGGAGAGGGCAGCUGGAGAAACAAGAGCUAUCUCUUUAUAUAUCACCUACAUGCCAAAAUGGCACUAACCUUCCUUUGCAAUUGCAGUCUGCAGGAAGAAAAGCCUUCUGUUGGGAGUGGGAUUUUUUUGCUAGGGAGCAUCACGCCUGGGAGGAAAAAGGAUAAUCCUUCCCUCUCCAAAUAAUUUCCCAUAGUAGAAUAAAGCUGGGGGCAGGGAGCCCCAUCAUUGGCUACAAUAGAGGGUUCUUCAAGGUUAAUUUCAACAGAGGGGAACUUCCAUCUCUACAUGUACACGUGUAUGCAUGUGUGUCAUGUUAGCAACCCCAAGAUGCAAGAGAGUAGCUGAUCAUGAGAGGAUCAUUGGGAGUUGAUGCUAUGCUUGAGGCAUUCAUAAAAUGUAUUAACUGCUUCUCGCCUCAGAUUAGAUUCUGCAGUAGAAUAAUGUUUCCCACACUGGAACAAAUAAUUUCAUAAAACUGCCUCUCUGUUUCAGGUACAUUUUGUUCUUUGGGGAUGCAUUGAGGUUUCAAGUUUAUUAGAAUGAGAUUGAGUGUUUCAUCAAAAAUGGGUCAGGGUGGUGUUUGUUUGUUUUUUAAAGAGAACAAAAGUAACAGUAGGAAGCCAUAGACUUAUUUCAAAAUACAGAAUAUAAGAGCACAUCCCUGACUCAGGACAGAAAUCAGUAGAUGCAGUUCGAGUUAAACUGUAUUUACAUUUCAACUAUCACUAUCAUUAAUUAAAUUUGUACACCUCCCUUCCUCUGAAGAUUACAGGGUGGCUCACAACAGAAACCUGUUGUUUCCAGUUAAAUACCCACGUUCUUUCUAAAUACAGUCGUACCUUGGAUCCUGAACACCUUGGUACUCAGACGUUUUGGCUCCCGAACGCCACAACCCUGGAAGUGAGUGUUCUUGUUUGUGAAUGUUCUUUGGAAUCUGAAGGUCUGAUGGGGCUUCCGCAGCUUCCAAUUGGCUGCAGGAGCAGGGGCGUUUUGCCCAUAGAGGCAAGUGGCGCAGGGCACCAAGUUCACACAGAGUUCUGGAGGGCGCCUGGGAAGAGGCGGAGGCUGGACACCGCACCUCCCAGCAUCAGCUCACUGCCCUUGUCUGCCACGCCGAAGCAGCACCGCGCCUGGAGCUUCCUGCUGCCAUGGCCACCGCGGCAUGGGCACCAGGGAAGAGGUGGAGGCUGGGAGCGGCGCCUUCGCCCGCUGCGCUGAAGCAGCACCGUGCCCAGAGCCUCCACCUCUUCGCCCUCGGAGGAGCCGCCCUCCAGCCUCUGCCCGCCUCCUCCAGCCCCGCAAAGCUGCCAGCAGCGCUGUAAAAAGGUCAGCAACUCUGAGAAAGGGGGGAGGGAUCUUUGAACCACGGCACCGGAUAGGCUUAAGACGGCUCUGUGCAGGAGCUUCCUGCAGCCAAUCAGAAGCCACGCUUUCAUUUCCGAACAUUUUGGAAGUCGAACAGAUUUCCGGAAUGGAUUGCAUUCGACUUCCAAGGUACAACUGUACAAAAUAACACUGCCACCAUUCUUCUUCUUGGCAAGCACACGAACAAUAGGUGCAUUACUGUAUCUAGCCUGACAAGACUCCUCACCAUGUUGGCAUUCACUAGCCUACAAGUCAUUCUAAACAAGGAAAGAUGUUUUUUGAUGAAAUGUCAUAAGGAAACAUGACCUAUGUUUUACUUGAUACCAUAUAAUGCUGCAUAUCUUGGUUAUGAGGAAGGAAAUGAAUGUUAAAGCUGCUCAUUUUAAAUAUUUUCAUUGUGUUAGGUCCCAGUUAUUGUACAGAUAUGCUCCAAAUAAACCUACUUGAAAUAUUAAUUUUAGCUAGACAAGUUUCUCCAUGCCAGUGAGCUGUUUUCUAUUUUAGGUUCCCAACUUGAACUCGUGGGAGGGUUUUAUGAGAGCAUACUUACCGUACAUUUUAUUUUAUUGUUUUAUUGUGUGUGUCUUGAAUAAGGUAUAGAUUGUUUGGGGAAUGGGGGGUGGGAAUCUUACCUAUCUCUGCAUAUGUGGGCCAAAGCAGACACUACGCUUAUCUGAAUUAAUUUAUAUGAAUGUUAUACAGUUUAUAACUUGGUAGUUUAAAAUCCAGCAUAAGCUGUGGAUGAGCAGUAGAGAACGGUCUGCGGAUGCACAUCUCUUGAGAACCAGGAUCAUGACUGAGAGCAGUAAUACAGUUAAGACUCCGUAUAUAUGUGCAAUCUGUCACUCCAUAGUACAAAAUGUCAACAUAGAUUUUUACAUGUAAAUUGUACUUUGCCGAUUGAUACAACAUACUAUUUAUGCAGAACUAUUCUUUUCCACUUCUUGUCAUGAGUGGACUUCAGGCUGGAUUAUGUAUGUGGCGUUUAAAUGUGCAAUUGAUUUUAUUAUUUUUAAAAUAUGCGGAAGAUUCUUUUAGCAUAAACACUUUGAGCAUUAGCGUCAAAUUAAAGAACCUUGUCUUAAAAAAAACACCCUUUGGUCCUUUUUGUUCACAGAAAACGCACACUUUCUAGAAAGAAAUUGAGUUCUGUAGCGAGAAAUGUAGAAUACACUGCAGCUGCUCUGAAAAAAAAACGGAAUUAUUCAGUUGAGUGAUAAGCAUGCCAUUAUUUUAAACUUUUCAGUACUGUUCUACUUUGUUUUGAUAUCACUUUGGGAUACCUCGUGGGAAUUGUAAACAAAAGGUAUUAAAUUGCCUUGUGGGACUUAGCUUUCUUGUGUGUUUAAGCUCCACAUAACUACAUUUUCCCUCAGGACUGUGAGGGAAAGCUGCUUGUCACUGAUGGCAUAGCUUUGUGGGGUAUGUAGCUAAAAGAAGAGCUGAGAGCCAUCAGUGGACUGAGAAAGAGAAAUCUAAGAUGAGGGUGGACAGAGGUGAAGUAGGAUUUGAAGAACAGGGCAGAGGAAGUGGAACUGGUGGGACAGAUCUCCCCCAUCCCUGCUGGAAUAUGGCGGGGGGUGGAGAGAGGAAUCCUAAGGAGGCCAACAAGAAUGGGAAAAGAUGUGGAGCCAUUGAAGGGAGGCACCAAGGAGGAGACUGGCAAAACGUAUAAUACCUGGAGCAUUUUGGCUUGACAGUGAGCUCCCUGCCAAGUGCUACCCCAUUCAAUUUCACAGGCUUUUUUUGGCUAAGGCUUUCUGCUUCAGUAGAUCCAAGUUGAAACAUUAAUGUGUCACUCAGGGGAAAGGAAGGUUCAGAAAUCAAAGACACUGCCUCAGGAGGUUCUUAAAUCUUUCACUGGAGGUCUUUAACAAAAGGCUCAACAAGUGUACCUCAAGGGUGCUUUAGGUAUCAGAAACACACACUCCCGUUCCAUGUCUGAAUUCUCGUGAGUGACUUUGAAAUGACAUCCUCAUUUUCAGCUUACGAGCCCUAUGUAAUAUCCUCCACUUCCCUGGCGUCUGAAGUUUAUACUGAGAUGUUGUAUCUAAUUGACUUCACUU